AAAUAUAAAUGUCAACACCAGAAUCGUAUAUCCGAUAAUAAUAAAAUAUUAUAUUUAAACUUUGAGACUGCGAUUAUGUACACGAAUAAUUAUCGCAUAACUAAUCGCAAUCUCGUAGAAUGUUUCAAAUAUCGGAAAAAUGUGAAGCGAGCGAUUGAUUUAUACGUCGAAUAAUUGCACGUUGUGUGUGUCGCGAUAAAACGAGUCGCUGAAUGCUCGAGAGAACGCGAAACUAUUAACGUGCAUUUUGCCGGGGAGAAAAUUUCCUUCCGUUUUAGUACGUGAUCGAUCGCGAGGGGGAUUUUUUCCGAAAGGCGUUGAGAGCAUGAGACACAAAGAGGCAGUGGUGUAAGUGCCGAGGGUAAAGAGCCUACGGUCGAUUAUCGUUCAUCUCGUCGAGCGGUUAUCGCAUCUUCCAGUGGGGAAAGCACCGACGCGGAGGAAGAGGGGUAGAAGUUCCAUGCUCUUUCCCUCCUCAGGCUCUCCAAGAGAUACGCGCGUUUACAUAACAUCUACGAUAUUCCCGCGAAUCUCGUGCGUCUCGCGAAGCCAUGCUUUGCAUUGCUAAGUGCGACUUUACUGCGAGGUUUCGUUGUCGUCGUCGUCGUCGCAUCCUCGCAUUUCGUUUCGUUUCCAUUUCACCGGUAACGAUCAUUAACUGCGAAAUAGCGUCUCUUAUUUCACAGUUUAUCGCACAUAAUUGCUAAAAUACGUAAGAAAUACAGGAAAGAGAAAAUAGAAAAAUAAGAAAACUUGAUGAAAUAUACGGUAAGAAAGUUUUCCGACGAAAAUUUCGAACUUCAGAUCUCGACUGAGGAAUUUCUUUCACGAAAGAGAACGUAGUCCGCGGCAACUUGAACAUGCACAUCAAACAGUCAUCAGAGGCACCGUGUACGUUUGAAUAAAACGAUCGCGGCAAAUUUUUAUUUUACUUGGGAAAUGUGCGUUCAGUUACGUAAAGCCACGUCUUGGCGGCGACCGGCCGGUGCUUUCCGUUCGAUUUGGAGAACGUCAUGCUGGUACGUCAGCGUAUAAGCAGGUCCACGUGACACACGGCGUGCUCGAAUUCUCGCCAUUCCGCGAUCGCGCUUCAGUUUCGACGGCGUCGACGGUAGGAAGUUGGAGGCUUUGCGCGAUCUCUGCUCCUCGCUCGUUCCCAUCGUCUCUUUCUCUUUUCUCUGUGCCAUCACGCUGACGAAAGACUCGCGCUACUAAUUCGACCGAUGUGGCGCGGCGGACGAUGCAACUAAGAAUAGUCGGGUCGGUCGUAGGCGAACGAGCCACUUCGUCGUAGAAGCAGAAAGAAGCUAGAAAAAGCUAGGAAACCGAGCACUGGUUAUUAGUUAUCGUUUCGGGGAAAACCGAGUCGAGCUGAGACCGCGGCAUGAAAGACAUGGCGGUGAACGGUGCAUUGGCUCUGUUUGCGCUCGUUAAUCAGUUCAAUUGAAUAACGUAUUAAUAUAUCGGGGUCAUCGCGAGGGGUUAAUCGCAAUGUCCACGCCGGACACGAUGGAUACUAUUGACGAAGCGGAGCAAGCGUGGCAUGAGAUGUUGGAAUGCGAGACUGGGUCCCUUUUGGGCAGAGUAGCGGACCUCGAGAGACAAUCGUUGGCACAGAGGGAUGAGAUAGUUUGUCUUCGCGCCACUUUGGCGGACGCGCUAAGGCGGAUCGCCCAGCUCGAAGGUAGAGAAAAACGGGAGGAGGAGAGAAACGAGAGAAGAAACGAGAGGAUGGUGUCUUCACCCUUAAGGAACGGCCACGUAUCUCUCAGGAGUAGUCAAAAUUCGGUGCCACAAAAAGAUCUGAGGCUACGCCAGACAGGUGGCCUCAGAAAUUCCUCUUCGUCGGGAUCGUCGCAGGACGUUCGAGACGCGACAUCCAGUCCGAGGCGGCCUGUCAGUUAUGUGCAUCCCUCCCAAUUACCCCAAAGAAGAUCCGUCCACUAUCAGUCAACAGGAUCUUUACAUUCGGAUAGUCCAAGUAGUAGUAGCGUCUCUCCGGUGCCAUCGCCAAGCCCUAGAGCUACACCACUGCCUGUAGCCAGAUCGCCCACGGCAAGAUCAAACGGACCGCCGCAGAGUAGCUUGAGGAGAGCGAAGAGAUGGUCGUCCACCGGCGAUUUUACACACUCGCCGCAAAACCAGGGAAGCAAUUCCCAGCUCGUCGGUACCAGAUUGUCCGCGUCCACCAAGUCCCUGUUCAACCUGUUCAAGCCACCGGCGAUGAACAACGUCAAGCACGGCACUAGAGACAUGCAGUACAACGAGGAGGAAGGCACUGUCCGCAUGUACCUGCGCGGCCGACCGGUCGUCCUUUACGUACCCACGCCUAUGAUGGAGUCCUACGAUCUUCAUAAAGUCAGUACGCCACCCCAGAGCAAAUUGAAGCUCGACUGGGUCUACGGAUACCGAGGCCGAGACUGCCGUAGUAAUUUACACCUGCUGCCGACCGGUGAGAUCGUAUACUUCGUCGCGGCGGUCGUCGUCCUGUACAACAUGGAGGAGCAUAGCCAGAGGCAUUACCUGGGUCAUACGGACGACGUUAAGUGCAUAGCGAUCCACCCUAACAAAUUGGUCGUCGCGACGGGGCAAGUGUGCGGAACGGAUCGUCGGGAUGCUAUGCCGCACAUCAGAAUAUGGAACUCGGUGAGCCUGACGACCCUGAGCGUGAUCGGCAACGGCGAAUUUGACGGGUCGAUUUGCUGCCUGUCAUUCUCCAAGGCCGACGGCGGCAAUUAUCUGUGCGCCAUCGACGAGACCGCCGAUCACAAUAUAUCGAUUUGGGACUGGCAGAAGAGCGACCGCGGCACCAAAGUCACCGAAACGAAGUGCUCUGUCGACACGGUGGUUUGCGCCGAGUGGCAUCCGCUGGAACGGAACCAGAUCGUGUCUUGCGGCAAAGGACACGUGUCCUUCUGGUCCUUGGAUAAUGGCGGUAUGCUGUACAAGCGUAUGGGCAUCUUUGAGAGCAGGGACAAGCCUAGGUAUGUCACUUGCGUCGCCUUCAAUCAAAACGGCGAUGUUCUCACCGGCGACAGCAAUGGCAACAUCAUCGUAUGGGCCAGAGGCACUAACACAAUCUCAAGGUUGGUGAGGAAUCUCCACGAAGGAUCGAUUUUCUCCAUAUGUGUUCUAAAGAACGGUAACAUUAUCACGGGAGGCGGGAAGGACGGCAGGAUUUUGCACUUUGACGCGACCUUAAAUUUGACCGGCGAGGAAGCGCAGAUCGAGGAUCACUUUGGCGGAAUUCGAACGCUCUCAGAAGGAAGAGGUUCCCAGUUACUAGUCGGUACGACAAGAAAUUGCAUUCUCGUCGGCGACGUCGAAAUGGGUUUCAACCCGGCCAUGUUGGGCCACGCCGAGGAAGUUUGGGGGCUUGCAGCCCAUCCGACUUUGCCACAAUUCGCCACCGCUGGUCAUGACAGAUUGUUGCAGAUGUGGGACAGCCUGAGCCAUACCGUAGUGUGGAGUAAAGACAUCGGGGAACAAGCUCAGAGCAUUGCCUUCUCGCCGGAUGGCAACGUUAUAGUCGUCGGUUGCGUGUCCGGGAAAUGGCUUGCUAUUGACAGCGAGACGCGAGAAUUGUACACGCACCAUAGUGAUGGUUCCGAACCUCUGCAGGCAGUACAAUUCUCGCCUGAUGGUUCUCUGCUCGCAAUAGGAUCUAGAGACAAUUAUAUUUACAUCUACCAAGUGAACGACGACGCUACCAAGUACAGUCGAGUUGGACGAUGUAUGCCAAAGCGGAUUCGAAGGCACGGAGGCCAUUCCAGCUUCAUAACUCAUCUAGAUUGGUCUGUGGAUGGCCAGUAUCUACGCAGCAACAGCGGAGACUACGAAUUGCUAUACUGGAACCCUGGUGUGUGCCGUCAAAUUCCGCAGCCAUCGAUGCUAAGGAAUGUCGACUGGGCGACCCACACCUGCGUGAUAUCCUUCGAGACUAUCGGCAUCUGGCCAGAAGGUGCCGACGGAACCGACGUGAAUAAUUGCACGCGAAGCGGCGACGGUAAACUUUUGGGUACCGGCGACGAUUUCGGGAAAGUCAAAUUAUUCUCUCAUCCGGCGUGUCAGCCGAAGUCACUGUAUCAUUCCUACGGAGGUCACUCCAGUCAUGUGACAAAUGUAUCGUUCCUGCAAGACGAUUCCCGACUGGUAUCGACCGGCGGCGCCGAUACUAGCGUUCUCCAGUGGAUAGUAAAUUGAGUGAAUCGUCCGGAGCGAAUUCUUCUAAGUGCACUUCAAAAUCGAGCUGAGAAGAGAGAAGAGAGAUCAUUGACAUGCCGCUUGAAACGAACAGCAUAAUCUUCGUUGCAUCAUCUACUUAAUCGCCACUAUCGUGGCUCUUGUUUUCAAGAGGAUUCAAAUUAAGGACGAUCUUGAUACCUCAACUUUUCCACGCGCGUUAUCCUCGUUAUCGGGCGUAGACUCGAACGCGAACGUCGCGCGCGUACGAUUCGCAUCAUCCCCUCACGUACUAGUAUGUGUGAUAGCACCCGACGUCUCCUUACAAUUGUGUCUAAUUAUGCACAGCAUUAACGGACGUCUGUCCCCGCACGACCAAACGUGACUGCUCUGAAGGCGACGGGAUUUACUUUUGUUCAUUUGUCAAUUUUUCAUAAGACUUUGAAGAUUUCUUUUGCUCGACGCUUUGCAGAUUCACCUUUCGUUUGCCUCUUAGUUGUCUAACAGUUGUAGCACACAGCUGUUUUUAUUACUGUACAGAGGAUAUUUAUUGGCGAUUUAUGGUAAUUAUGAGAAUCGAACAACGCAAAAUAAUUUACUUUUCCUCAUUUCUUUCUAUUUUCUUUUUUUUCCAUUAGUUUUAUAUGUGUAUACGAAGCUUUACGAGCGGUCGUUGAAUGUUUCCAAACAAUACGUAACUAAAUAUCACCCUUUCUCUUCAUUUUCAUGAAAUAUGUACGUGCACGCGCGUAUGUAAUUUGUCGUGUAUCAAUUUCGCGUACGCGUGCGAGAGAGAUUUCGGGAUGGAAACUAUCGUAGUGUCAAGGAGGCAGCGAAGCUUUGUCCGAAUGACAAGAUAAAACGUACAUUUCGAGAGAUGAGAUAUACGGUUGCAUUACCAUGCAACUUAAGGGAAAAAAAUGUGCUCUGUAACGUUAUUCACAAUGGUGAAAAUAUUCUCGCAUCGCGUUAUCAAUUUUCGAUACUCGAUAAGUCGCUUUUUCAUACUUCGCGGUAAUGCGGCAACUAACGUUGCGAUUAAUUUAUUUUUCAUAUUCGAUAACAGAAUAACGGAAACUUUUGAAGUGAUUAAUUUAAGAACUUUAUGUUUAGAGAAGAAUUAUAUCGAAAUAUACAUAUACAUACAUAUAGUUUUGUUAUAUAACAUAUAUAUAUAUAUAUAUA